ACCCUCUCUUCUUCUUCUUCCCUGAAGCCCUGUGGCUGUGGAGCUGGAGAAAUAUUACCACACGGAGAACGACGACGAGAACCCGUUUAUCUGCUCGAUGCCGCGGGAGAACGGCAUGAGGGACUGCGGCUCGGUGCCCAAACUGUACGAGGAGGGGGGGCUGCAGUGCAACCUGGACAUGCUGUCCCACAACAGCACGGACAACACCACCUGCGUGAACUGGAACCAGUACUACACCAACUGCUCCGCCGGCUCCAUCAACCCCUUCAAGGGAGCCAUCAACUUCGACAACAUCUGCUACGCCUGGAUCGCCAUCUUCCAGGUGAUCACUCUGGAGGGCUGGGUGGACAUCAUGUACUUCGUGAUGGACGCUCACUCCUUCUACAACUUCAUCUACUUCAUCCUCCUCAUCAUCAUCGGCUCGUUCUUCAUGAUCAACCUGUGCCUCGUGGUCAUCGCCACUCAGUUUUCGGAGACCAAGCAGCGUGAGAGUCAGCUGAUGAAGGAGCAGCGAAUUCGCUUCCUGUCCAAUGCCAGCACCCUCGGCUCUCUACAGGAACCGGGGUCCUGCUACGAGGAGCUGCUCAACUACCUGGUGCACAUGAUCCGAAAGGGAGCGAGACAAACGGCUCAUAUCGUCCGUCACCUCGCUCGACGUGCCGGGGUUAACAUCGCCGCCUCGCCCCAGGAAACAGAGUCCCAACGCAGCAAGAGAAGUAGAAGAAAACCCUCCAGGCAAGGAUCGGUUAGCGUUCAUCACACGGCGUCCAAUCAGCACCACCUACACCACCACCACCACCACCACCACCAUUUAGGGAAUGGAAGCAUGAGGGGCGUCCGGUGUGUGGAGGGUAGAGAUGCGGAGGCUCAUAACAACAAUGGAGGCACGCUUGUUGUAACUGCCGGACAUCUUGCUUUGCCACCAUCAGUAACUACAGCCACGUCUGAUACCAACCUGGCCACUUCGCCCGAUUUAUCUUCAGUUAUCAGUGUUUUCCACGCAGAAACUCUUCGUUGUACCCCUUCCCCAACAUCUCAUUCCUUCCCAAUCGCCCCCGCUCCAAUGUCCAAAUCCAUGAAGAGGAACUCGGUACCUUUCGCGGGUCCGGCGCCGAAGAACUACCCGACCCUUCAGGCCCGAGCGCUCGCUGAGUCGAGACGAGCGAGUGCUGCCGCCGGCACUCUGACCAACAUCAGCUUCAACCUCAAUAUCCCACCUGCCCCGCAGGAGAGACGCCCGUCAAGCCUGGUGGACACACACACUCCCACAGCCCAGCUCUCCGGCCAGCUGUCGGUUUGUGACCUCAGCGGUGUGGACACAGUGGCUCUGACCUUCGACCCUGAGAGCUGCCCUUACUGCGCCAAAGCUCUGGCCAACGAGUCCGAGGGCGGCAACGGAGACUCGGACAGUGAGGGAAUAUACGAGUUCACCCAGGACCUCCACCACAGGGACCGAAGGGACAGCCGGCGGCCCAAAAAGAAGCAGCACGGGCUGUGUCGAACGGCCGGGAAGGUGGUGCGUUUCUGGAGGCUGGUGUGCGACACGUUCAGGAAGAUCGUGGACAGCAAGUACUUCGGCCGAGGGAUUAUGAUCGCCAUCCUGAUCAACACUCUGAGCAUGGGGAUCGAGUACCACGAGCAG